CCUGAGUCAGCCCAGUGGUCUCCCAGCAACACAGUGUAAAUAACUCGGUGUAUUUAUUGUCUGUGUUGUUGCAGAGCAUCAGGGAGCAGCGGAGAAAUGAAUGAAACAUCGAUUUGACGCUGGUUAUUAAACGAACUAACUCAAGGCAGCGUUAAGAGCAUCUGAAAUCAAGAUCCCGCGGACACAUUACAGACAAGCAGCUGAUGGUUGCUGGCUAGCCAAUGGGGCUGUUUGACAAGUUGGCAGGAUGGCUGGGCUUAAAGAAGGAGGUGAAUGUUUUGUGUCUCGGUCUGGACAACAGUGGAAAAACCACCAUCAUCAACAAGCUCAAGCCUUCCAAUGCCCAGGCACAAGACAUCGUCCCAACAAUUGGCUUCAGCAUAGAGAAGUUCAAGACAUCCAGUCUUUCCUUCACAGUGUUUGACAUGUCCGGUCAAGGCAGAUACAGAAACCUCUGGGAGCAUUACUACAAGGAAGGACAGGCUAUCAUAUUUGUCAUCGAUAGCGCAGACAAACUGAGGAUGGUAGUGGCCAAAGAAGAACUGGACACAUUACUAAAUCAUCCUGAUAUUAAACACCGGAGGAUUCCCAUCCUGUUCUUUGCUAACAAGAUGGAUGUCAGGGAUGCUCUGUCUUCUGUCAAGGUCUCACAGCUGCUCUGUUUGGAGAACAUCAAAGACAAACCCUGGCACAUCUGUGCCACCGAUGCUCUGAAAGGAGACGGUUUACAGGAGGGAGUCGACUGGUUACAAGAUCAAAUCAAAACAAUGAGAACGUGAGAGCAUGAAGAGGGACCGACCAGAAGGAGCAGCAUUCAUGGAAGUCUUUUAUAAAAAAAACAAAACAAAAAACCAGUUGACCCUGUUUUCAGAGGUACCACUAAACACAGAUGGUUUUAAUGGGGCAUUUAAAUGGUUCUUGAUAUGUUCGGUUCAAUAGAGAAGUGUUCAGGUUCUUUGGUACCAGUGGAAACAACAAAAAGGCAUCUACCAACAGAAAUAUUGACAACUUCAGCGCAUUCAUUUAGGGCAAAUGCUCAGUUUUCAGUAAAAGGGUUGAGAGUUUAAACUGUUUAAAGGAAUAAUAACAUGUGGAACAUUAUGUUCAUUAGAAAAAAAAAAUCUCUUUCAGCUCAUAUUAUCACUUAGAUUUUCAUGGUCUUUGCAUAACAGAGGUCACAGUAAACUAUAGCUGCUCUGACAUAAACUAUUGUGGUUGGUGCUGUCUUUUUCAUGAGCAUGAGUACCUAGGAUAUCUUGUUAAAACGAUAUUACUGGGUGCUGUUUUUUGUUGUUUGCAUACUUCAGACCUUAAACUGUCCCCUGUGUCUAACAAAUGGUAUGUACCAGCUACAAAUGAUAUAAACUCAAGGUCUUGUAUCCUU